AUGACGCAGUUGGACGGAAUCACGAAACCAAAGACAAAACGCUCAAAGCGGUUUUUGGAAAGCAGAGCGCCGAGACUGAGCGAGGACCUGAAGAACGCCAUGAUCAUGAAAGGAGGCAACACGAGCGAGACGGUCACUCAGGCGCUGAAAGACAUGUAUUCCUUAAAGAAGCCCAAUGCUGUGCUGUAUAAGAAAAAGAACAUCACUCGGCCGUUUGAGGACUCCACUUCUCUGGAGUUUUUCUCUAAAAAGACAGACAGCUCGUUGUUUUUAUUUGGAUCACACAACAAGAAGAGGCCAAACAAUUUCAUAUUUGGACGUAUGUUCGACUUUCACGUGUUAGACAUGGUUGAACUUGGCAUUGAAAAGUAUGCUCCCCUGAAACAAUUUAAGACGGAGACGUGUCCUGAAGGCACCAAACCGAUGCUGGUGUUCGCAGGAGAAGCCUUCAACAUGGACUUUGAACUGAAGCGUCUGAAGAGUUUGCUCAUAGACUUCUUCCGGGGCCCUAAGGUGGAGGGCGUGCGGUUAGCUGGACUGGAGCAUGUUCUACACUUCACGGCAUUAGACAACAGGAUAUACAUGCGCAGUUACAGGUGUGUCCUGAAGAAGUCUGGGUGUCGGACGCCCAGGAUUGAGCUGGAGGAGAUGGGUCCGUCGUUUGACUUUGUGGUGAGAAGAACACACCUGGCCUCAGAGCAGCUCUACAAACUGGCUCAUCGACAGCCCAAGGCCCUGAAGCCCAAGAAAAAGAAGAAUAUCUCCCACGAUGCUUUUGGCACAAAGUUUGGCCGUGUGCACAUGCAGAAGCAGGACCUGACCAAACUCCAGACACGAAAGAUGAAGGGUCUGAGGAAGAGGAGGAGCGACGCCACGCCACAAGACGAAGCCGUGGCCGCGAAGGUCGUGAAAGAGGAACCCAAAGACUGA